AAUUGGCGGGUGCGUUAGUGGCGUUCUCCUCGACAUGAAUCUAUGAACAUAAUUAUACGUUUCUGGAUCCUCAUACCACGCAACACGUUUAUUUUCGGACUUUGCUAUUUAUUUUUAACUAAAUGUCGGUUUUCAGUCGCUCAGUAAGUGCAGGGGACUGAUUGGUGAAGUUUGAAGCUUGUUUAUUCCCCGGUAAUGGCGACCCCGGCGUCGCUGCAGCGGAGGAACGGACAGCAGCUGUGGUUCUCCCUGCUCGGGCUGGGCUUCCAGCCGGACCUGGCUGCCUCAUUCAUAGCAGGGAAAGCCAGCAUUAAACACCUCAACCUGGGGCCGAGCAUGUUCGACAAACCCAACAAAGACGCCUUCUACUUAGUAACUCAUUUCCUGUUGGAGAAACUCAACCCUACGCGAUUUAAUGAAGCAUACAGGCACUGCUGGCCUGUUUUGGACCACAAAGUUGAUGCUGAGUUCCGCAAGGUUACCUGCGCUUGGCUGCGAGAGAUAAUGGAUGAAAUUGCAAAUGCGGGAUCCAAAGUGGUUGCAUCGUUGUUUCUGUCUCCUGGAGGACCCAAGUUUAUCAACUUGAUGCUUCAGCUAGCCAGUCAUGUCAUGCUGCAGGAAAUGAAGACAUUCACCACAGAUGACAGUUGGGUUCCAGAGGCCGCAGCAGGACCGGCCUCCACCCUGGACAUGGCAGUCAAAAGAUUCAAUUUGAUGCGAAAAAGAUUUUUGAAAACUGCUGUUGAUCAAGAUCGUUUUCUCCAUGAAUACCAGAGACGAGCCCAGUUUCUGGUCAAGUCUAUGAGAGACACCAAAGAAGAUGGUGCCAAGUAUGAUGAGCUUCUCAAGCGUCACUGCACUGAUCCGGAGCAGGAUGGAGCUUCUCAAGCAGAGAACGUCACAAAGGUGCGCAGUUUGUGGUCAGCUAUCGAAGCAAUGCUCUCAACCAUCAAAGAGGACCAGAAUGCAGUGGAAAGUGUUUUGAAAGGGGAGGUAGACCAACACGUCCUGGAUGGGACAGAUAAAGUCCUCAGAGUUCCUCGCUGUCUGCUGGAGAGGAUUGAGAAGCUCCCCCAUGAGUUGUCUUCAGGAAACGUGUACGAAGCUGGAAAACUGAACCUCCUCAGUGUGGUGGAGCUGAUGAACCACGCGCUGCAGCUCCUUAAUGAGGAACGGCGUCGGACCUCUCCUGCCUCCAAAUCCCAGAUCAGCACUCAACACCUGCAGGAGAAGCAACUUCAAAUGUCUCGCGUGCUGCAGGAUCUCCAACUUAUUAGACAGAAGAUUUCAAAGGAAGAAAUUCCAGAAGUUAGGAAUGCUAUUGGGAAGCUGGAAGCUGACUGGGACAAGAGAUGGAUGGAUACUCUGAAGGAGACACCCCUCGUCUCUUUUCUCAAUGAAGACCCUACUCUUGGUUUCCUCUCACCAAUGGCUCCACUGUCCUUUGAGCCGGCCGCUGAAGCUACUUACAGAAGUAGUGUUUUCUUCCAGUACCCUGCGAAACUUCCUGAGGGGAAGCAUGCAGAGAGUGAAUCACACAAAAGUGUCAACCCUAGCACUUUGAACUCCAAGAGUUCUUGUAAAGUCACAGCUAAAACGUCCGACAGUCCCGUUGUCACCACUGAAGCACCGCGAGCGAACACGUCUUUGGACUGGCUCUUUGAUACACCUCCGUCUCCUCCUCGAACGGCUCCAACUGUUCCGCAGUCACAGGCCAGUACGAAGAAGGUAACGCAUCGGACGGCGGCUCCCCUACGGACACAGGCUCAGAUUUUAGACCUGGAAUGUAAUAACCUCGCUGAUCAGUUUGCAGAUGCUAUCACAGUAGCCAGUCCUUCGGAGGACAGAGUUAAAGGCCUGGACUUGGAGGGUCUUCUAAGCACACUUUCAAGAGAUCCCUUCUCCACCAGGAAGCAGAUUCCUCGUACGCCAGAGAGCCUGAUCAUGGAUGUGAAAAGCUCCUGGCGGAAGGCGCUUGAAGAGGACAAAGCCAAAAAAACUGGUCUGUCCACAGAGAUGAAUGACAGCGUAGCUGGGCGGCUCACUCCCCUGGGUCAACCCUGCGACGCAUUUGAAAGCUUCAACACUCCCACCCAGACUGACACCCCCCCUGCUGUCAGCAAGCCGGACAGCUCCUCCGUCUGGCAGCAGGAGGUCUUGCUCAAGUCCACUCUUGGAUGGGACACGUUCAACACCGAGUCCCUCGGCAGCCCGAGUGGCACCGGCAGCAGCGCCGUCCAGUUCACCCUGGACCAAGAAACUCUUCCUGAAAUGCCAAGUUACGACAGUCUGGACCUCGACGAUGAAGCUGUGGAUAUGAAUAGCGAGGAGGAUGAGGAGCCACUCAUCCCCUCCCUGAAGACUGAGUUCACCACACGUCAUGUGGGUCUGAUUCAACAAGCCAGGGACGAAGGCUCCCUGCUGGAAAACACAACGACUGUUGAUUCUCUUCUGUCAGACUUGAGUGUCUCUGGUUUGGACAGAGACUGGCCGAUGGAACCGGCAGCAUCCGUGGGAAACUCUGACAAAGUCUUUUCACUGGAUCUAGAUUCACUUGAUGUGCCUUCAUCCCCCAAAAAACAGGAGUACAGCCUCCCCAAACUCAUCACUUUCUCCCCCAUAGAUGACAUGAAGUGUUAGCUGCACUAAAUGAACCCACUCUUCUGUCUUUACCGUCUUAAAAAUAAUGCAAAUUAAGGUUUGUGCCAAUACCUGUAAAUAGCUGUAAAAUAAACUGUUGUGCACUAACUUAGUUUUGUUUGACUUUAAUAUUGAAGCAUGACCGACUUUAAUGAAAUUAAAAGUAAAGAUCUUAAUGUUGAGAUUUUCUAACUUUGUUUUAUAUCUGUGUAUAUGGAGGCGGGGAAGGAAAAUAUAAAUAAACUUUUGCAAAGUGAAACACUGGGAUUAAGUUAUUUAAAUCCAGAGCACACAUGGAGAAGUUUGAUACUUUCGGAAAUGUAGGUUUGGGUUAUACUAUGAGGUCUAGUAAUGUUUAGGAGCUUUGUGCAGAGAUUUUUAAUUAUUAUAGUAGAUUUACUUAUUAACAAAGUCUCACAUGGUGAGAUGGAGCUACAAGCUAUUUCCAGUUUUGUGUGCAGUUUCUCCCACUUUAGGAUGGGGGCAUCAAACUACAACAAAACUAUUGGAAAGAGUCAAGGCAGCGACGAAAGCAGGAAGUAAAUAUUUGUACACUAUAAUUGACAUUUAACUAUAAAUUGUGCAAUGUUUGUCACCCAAUAAAGCACUGAAACUGCAAAGAA